AUGGAAGAUGUUAACAAAAAAAAAAGGAAUGUAGUAUCAGCUGAUCGCUUCAGUAUCUCGGGGGAAAAGUUGGCGUAUUAUAAUUUGAGCUACAGAAAUUUCAGUGGCGUUCAGGACUGUAUUAAACUGUCGACACAGUUAUGUGAAUUAAACUUGUCACACAACAACCUGCGUUAUGUUCCUCAAAGUGUUAUGGAUAUGUGCAACAUACGAAUCCUCGACUUGUCUUUUAAUAACAUUGAAGUAUUCGACGACCCACCGCGUUUCUAUAACGUCAUAGAAACCUUGGACAUUUCUAAUAAUAACCUCAAAUUCCCCCCCCGGUGGGUUUGGAAGGAGUCUCCCGAGCGCUUGAUCAAGGUGAAUAUGAGAAUGAAUGUAGACCAAAUUGUAAAUAUGGAGAAUUUGAAGGUGCUCUCUUUAGAUAGCAAUGACUUGUGUAUGCUUCCAGACAAUUUAGUAAAAUUACACAAUUUAAAGAAAAUUGACCUCUAUGAUAACUUUUUGUCAGACAUCCCAGGUAUAGAACAGUUUGAUGAAAUUGAUUUGGCCCAAAAUCAUCAUGAUGAGCCAGACUCUGUAACAUAUCUAACCAAGAGAAACAAAUUAAGGUUAACAACAGUAGAAAGAUGCUGUGGCAGAAAAGCAGAGGUUAUUCAAGAUGACUAUGAAUUCACCAGUGAUGAAGAAUCCUUGUUUAAUGAAGAACUAGAAGACCGAGAUUUAGAGUGUGGCCAUCGAGAGAGAUCUGAUUCCAGUUCUUCUGAAGAUUGGGACUCAGACGAUUGGUGGAUACCUACUUCUGAGCCUUCGAGAGUGGUUUUUAGGUCGGAAGUGAAAAGGCUGGCGGAGCCUUGGUUAAUAUUUACACAUGAAAAAAUAGCUGCUGGGAACUUUUGUCCUUGUGAUCUUCAUGUCUUACCGAUCUCUGACAGAAUAAAUCACAAACAGACAGGCAAUUCUCAAGUGCCCCAGAGAUCAGAUGAUCUAGACCAAUUCGACGACGACUACGACGAUGACAAUUAUUAA